AUGAUCAAUUUAAAUGUCACAAGAUUGAGAAGCUUCUUCAUCCUUGGAUUCCCCGGACUUUCUCCACAGUACUUUGGAGCUGUGUCAGUGGUGUUUCUUUUCAUCUAUCUAGCUAUUACAGUAGGAAAUAUUUUCAUUUUUACAUUUGUCAUCUUUGAGAAAUCAAUUCAAAAACCAACAUAUCUGGUCUUUUGUCACAUGGCAGUGAACGACUUAACAUUUGGUACUGUUACCCUCCCAAAGAUCAUAACAAAAUAUUGGUUUGAUGACAGCAUUAUUUCGUUUUAUAGCUGUUUUACGCAAAUGUUCUUUGUUCAUUAUUUAGGAUCAGUAAUGUCUUUCAUGUUAAUGGUAAUGGCUCUUGAUAGAUUUAUUGCAAUAUGUAUUCCACUGCGUUAUCCUGCCCUGAUAACAAACAAUAUCAUAUCUGCUUUCUGUGGAUUAGCUUGGCUUAUUCCUCUGCCUUUGAUGUUGACCGUUAUAUUCCAUGCCCUCUCUUUAUCUUACUGUAAAUCAAAUGUUAUUGCUCAGUGCUACUGUGACCACAUUUCAAUAACAAGUCAAGCAUGUGGAAAUGACCUAAAAGUUAUACAGGUGACUGCUCUCUGUAUAGCCAUGCUUUGUCUGUUGCUGCCUCUUGCAUUUGUUUUUUUUUCAUACAUCUCUGUUAUUGUGGUUAUUAUGAAAAUGUCCAGUGUUGCAGGGCGCAGAAAAAUCUUAUCAACUUGCACUCCUCAAAUACUCAUUACAUGCCUUUUCUACCUACCCAGAUGUUUUGUGUAUGUGGCGAAUACUGUUGGCUUUUCUUUCAGUUUAGACACUCGCAUUUUGUUAAUAAUGUUGUACAGUCUUCUUCCUGCUGCAGUUAAUCCGAUCGUAUACUGUUUUAAAACUCAGGAUAUCAAGCAGACUUUGAUCAAGAAACUGAGAACUGCCAGGGUUGGAAUAAAAGUUACAAUUUUAACCUAA